ACAAGAAGUUGUCAGCGCAGUAAUGGGUACAUCUCAAACAGCUUUUUAAAGACAGGCGGUGCUCACCUUCCCUUCCAGUCUGUCUGAAAGCUCUGAUACUUGGAUCUCAAAUCAAAGGGAGAGGAGACCGGGACACUUCUGGAUCAGAAAGCCGAAGAAGCGUUUGUUCUCCGGAAUUUUGUACCUGAAAUCUUUGACUAAUGGAAUUCGGACUCACCCCGUGGACUGGAUAUCUUUGCCUUUUUACCUCGUUUUUUACUGUAGCAGAAGUGGGAGCUGAAGAUCUAAUGUUGAUACGUGCAGAACCCCCGGCUGUGGAAAUUGGACACCGUUUGGAAGUGACUUGCGCUGCAAUGUGUUCAGCAGCAUCAAUAAUAAUGGAAGGAAUAAAAGAUCAAAGUUCAACAAUGCAAAACAACAAGCUGACCUACUCGGUGCCAAGUGUUCAAUCAUGGCCUGUUAAAGUGGUAUGUCAAGUGAAAUGCUCAUCUGGAAGUUCAUCGAUCUUAAAGAAAAUGAUCAUUGUCUACAAUCGAGACUUGAAUAUUAGUUCCCCUCCUGAAGGGUUGGAAAUUAAUAAAACCUAUAGCCUGGAAUGCAUCAGUCCAAGGGUCAAUCCUGAAAAGAAUCUUUUACUCAAAUGGCUGAGAGGAAGUGAAAUUGUUCAGAACGAUUCUGCAGAAGACAUCGGUUCUUUAUAUCCUAAUGGACAAUUAAAGAGUGUCUUUAAUUUUACUGCACAGCCUUCAGAUGAUGGACAGGUGUACACCUGCUUGGCAGAGGUGCUCUUGGACUCUAAUGACACGUUACCAAUUGCAAACUCCUCUGUGAUUUUGAAAACUUACUAUAAACCAGAAAGCAUAAAUAUCUUAGCAAACAACCGAACCAUCUCCGAGUCUCCAAUACAUUUGGGUGAUGGCGAUAACAUCACAUUAGUCUGCGAUGCAGAAGGAAACCCGAAGCCGAUGUUAGCAUGGGAAUUCCCCCAAGAACAUAACAUUGUGAACAGUUCCUCUGCAGUCCUUCAUAUUUAUGAUGCAAUGACGAAAAAUAAUGGCGUGUACAAAUGUAUUGCUACAAAUAAAUUUGGAACUGCUGAAAAGAAGGUGGACAUCAAAGUUACAGGUAAAACUUCUGUGAUAGUGGCAGCAAGUAUAUCAGCAGUGGCCAUAGCAACCCUUGCAACAGGUGCUGUUAUUUAUUACUUCUACCAAAACGCUCAGAAAAUACAAAAAUACAAAUUACAAAAUGCAAGGCCUGACAAUAAUCUGGAAGUGCCGAGUGGGUAGUAAAAUCAGAAAAUGAUCAUAAUUCAGAACCAAACAAAAGAACAAUAAAGUAUUUUGCAUCAACUUAAAAACUAUAAUUGCUGAUCCGGCUGGAAAAAAUAAUGAUGGAUUUUCCCCAUAAUUCUUUUCCCUCUCUGACCUCCACCACCCACCUGAUGCCUGUUAUGCCCCUGGUGUUUAUGGUAGCAAUGAAGGUCCUCCAUUUCUGGCGAGGUUCAGGACUUCCUUCAUCAUGUCAGUAGCUUCCUGUCGGUUUUCACCACUGUCAGUCAUGCAAGUCCCAGGUGGAGACUCAGGAAUACCAUUGGACUCAGAUGUAGAAGGAUUCUUCAUUGCUGUUUCCAUUAUUUUUGUUUGACCAGUCAGGGUUGUUAGCCCUGAGCUGAACCCCGGAACUUGGAGGACUGGUGGACCACUCUUAGUCUGUCCUCUACCCUUUGACCUGUUUGGCAUGAGUGACCCUACCAAGAGCCAAAGCAUAAAGCCCUGACUCCAGCCGACAGAGCUCUCCAGGUCAUUGAGACACACAAACCUCCAAACACAACAACAAGGUUGUGGUCUGAGUUAACCUUCAUAGCGACAUAUUAAACUGAAGAACAAAUAAUUCAUAUGCUUCAGAACCUGCUGCUUUGUUGCCUCCCCUCAGUCAUUAUUGGUGUGUGUUAAAAGAUGGUUGGAGCAAGUAAUUUGUUUUGUUUUUAAAAAAAUGUUUUCAGCCAUACGAACAUGUUAUUAAGUAAUGGGUCCAGUGGAUCUAAUUCUGGCAUACAGCAUUUUGGGAGCUUGCUAAUAACUGGAAUGGGAAAGAGGUAGCUUACAGUCACUGGAAGUGUUUAUCAGCUAUGUAUUUACUUCUGAAGGCUUUCUUUGUCAUAUGGGAAUUAAAGAUUACUCCCAUUUUGUGCAUAUGGUUAUGGCUAAUGGCACGAAUCUGUGAAGUGUCAACUUUUCCACUGGUGGGGUGGGCGGUUUGGGACUUUCUGUGCUUACAUUACGUAGGCCUCUACAGUAUGUACAGCUGAUUCAUGGCCUCCAGGUUUGCAAUCUAUCUCAAGUACUCUUUAAAUUUGAGACACAAACAAAUCAAAAGGAGCCAAGGAGUCUUUGCAAUGUUGUACUUCAAGGGGAUUUUGAGUUUUCUCUCUGUCCAGCUGGUAAACUCUUCAUGUGUCAGAGAAAGAAAAUGUCUGUUACAGAAUGUUGGCCGAUCGGAUGAGAUGGUCAGGUUAACAUUGCCAAAUGAAUGUGAUCUGGUGCCCACCACCAGGGAACAACAGCCUGACAGAGAACUUCGAUCUUGGUUCACUUGGAGACUCAUUUCAUAAUUCACAAGAAACGAGUUACUGGAAUAAGUAUCCUCAUUGACAAGACUAUAAUUUUUUCCUUCACUUGUCAGCAAUUGACAGGGGAUUUUGUACAUGAUCAGAAGCAGUGUGUAAGAGAACCAAUUUUCUGAAUGACGCAUUUCUUCCCCAAAUCUGCAACCUUUUCAGCCUCACAAUACCACAAUAAUCCUUCCCAUUCUUCUGAACUUCCCAAUUUUAAUCUAUUGCUGGCUUUGCCUUCAAGUGGCCACUUUAUUAGGUACUUCCUGUAUCUAAUGAAGUUUCCACUGAGUGUAUGUUCAUGGACUGCUGCUGCUGUAGCCCAUCUGCUACGAGGUUCAAAGUGUUGUGUGUUCAGAGAUGUUCUUCUGCACACUGCUGUUGUAACAUGUGUUUUUUUUUUGAGUUACUCUCUCCUUCCUGUCAGCUUGAACCAGUCUGACCAUUCUCCUCCAAGUUCUCUCGUUAACAAGAUGUUUUCACCUACAGAAAGGCUGCUCACUGUUUUUGUUUUGGUUUUUCCCACACCAUUCUCUGUAAACUCUAGAGACUGUUGUGUGUGAAAAUCCCAAGAGAUCAGCAGUUUCUGAGAUACUCACACCACCCUGUCUAGCACCAAAAUCAUUCCACGGUCAAAGUUACUUAGAUCACACUUCUGCUGCAUUUUGAUGUUUGGUCUGAGCAACAACUGAACCUCUUGACCAUGUCUGCAUGCUUUUAUGCAUUGAGUUGCUGCCACAUGAUUGGCUGACUAGACAUCUACAUUAAUGAGCAGGUGGAGAUGUGUAACUAAUAAUGUGCAUGUUCUAACAGCUGUGUACUAUUGCACUACUCAAUGGUUCCAUUUGAUAUCAGGGAAUAUACACUGCCUAUAAAAAGGAUUCAACCCCAUUCGGCAUCUUUUAUUCGACAGCAUUGCUUCAUAAUUUGGCUUUUUUGACACAUCAACAGAAAAAGACUCCGUGUAAAAGAGAGAAUAAAUUUCUACAAACUGGUAUAAAUUUAUUACAAUUAUUAAACAGAAAAUAAUUGAUUGCUAAUUACUCACCCCCUUCAAGUCAGGAUUUAGUAGAUACACCUUUGGCAGCAGUUAUGGCUUUGUGUCUGUGUGCUUCUCUGUAAUUUUUUUUUUCGCAGAUUUGCUCAGUGUUCUUCUGUCUCAUGGUGUCACUUUUGCCAGGAUACUAACUCUCCAGCAGCUCAUUCUUCUUCCUCUUCUUUUUCCCAACUUGAAGGUGCAUUAUCACCAUCAACUGGCCUGGAGUGUGGUGAAGAGAGUUGGGAAAUAAAACUUCUUUAUUCAGUGAAAACUAAAUUACUCCAAAAAGCCCUCUAGAUAAUAAAUAAUGAAAAACAAUAUUGUGAAUUAAAUUAAAGUCACUUCCAUAACUUAAGUUUUAAAAUGAAAACUUUCAACCCCCAAAGACUGUAGUGCAGCCUGCAUUUGCUUUCUUUCAAGCUUAUAUGCUUCACAUUAUAAAAGAAUGUGUUCAACUGUUUCAUAAUGAUGACAAAAUCUACAUACCCCAGAGUGAUGUUUUCCAAGAAGGUAAAAGUAGUAAUUAACUAUAGUAUGCCCAACUGGAAGUCAAGUCAAUAUAAUUCCUUUCCUUCUUGUCUUACCCCUUUGUACCAACAGUUUUAUGUACUUUGUAAAGGAGUCUCCUCUUAUGCCCAUUGUCCCACAAGUCUUGCCAUAAUCCCCUAAUGCUUAGCCCCAACAACCCACCCCUUAGCUUCUGAUUUGUUAAGUGGAAGGUUAUAUCCACAGGUGAACUUUUAGCAGUGUUUUUGGCCAAACAACCAACCCUCUCAUUCCCCUCAACAUCUCUAUAUGCAGAGACCCGUAAGAAGUAGACAUGGAGACCAAUACUUUGAAUAUGAAAUAAAGUUUGAAGAGUUUCCUUUGCAAGGACAGAUUUCAUCCACCCACUGUAAGCCCAAAAUGAUGGCAACUAACUCUGCAGCAUAUACUGAUAAAUGGUUAGCAAGAUGUUUUUUUAUUGUUACCUGUAACUCAGGCACACGAACAGCCACAUCGAAUUUCCCUGCUAAAUUAUCUUUUGAUCCAUCAAUAAAAAUGGUUAGCAUAUCACAAUAAUUUUCCUUAACAUAUUGAUAAAUCCACAGACUCUCAGGCAUUUCAGGGUCCUUGGACUUCAUUAAAUUAUGCAACCUAAAGUCAACUAAAGUCAUUGGGAAAAAACAAGGUGGGGUUACCAAAAAAGCUACAGUGGUAACGCAUCCAACAAACCCAUAUCUCAAGCAUGAUAAGAACCCAGUCACCCAAAACUAAAAACACUCUUCUUAAGAUGUUCCAAUAUUCUUCCAACCCACUUUCAACAGGGUGAUCAUUUCUCUAUGCCUUCAAAUUUAUCCAGUGUGUUAAUAACAACUUCAGCCUCUGCAGUUGUAAGAGUAAUUGUCCCAAUUCAGUCAGUAAAGCUGCAGCAGUGGGCAACCUUACUGUAUCACAACACGGUCUUAAAGCCUGUGCUUGUAUCACAUCCAAACUUUUUAAAUUUGAAGAUGAAGCUGAUCCAUAAGCCACACAACAAUAAUCAAGUACAGAUCAAAUUAAACAAAUAUAAAUGAUCAAAGAUUUUCAUGUAGCACCCCAAGAAUACCCACAUUGACACAUAGCAGUUAGACCUUCCCAAUACAGGUAUAUUUUUACUACAAUCAAUUGAAACACCUUGAUUGCACACAGGUGAUCUCCAUUUAACUAAUUAUGUGACUUCUAAAGCCAAUUGGCUCACAGUUAUGAUUUAGUGUGUCAUUUUAAGGGGGGGGGUGUAAAUACAUUCAAUCAAUUAUUUUGUGUUUUAUAUUUGCAACUAAUUUCGAUCACUUUGUCGAGAUGUGUUCACUUUGACACUAAAGAGCCUUUUUCUGUAGAUCAGUGUCCAAAAAAAAGCCAAAUUUAAU